AUGGAUUUUCCAACUUGCUUUGGCGAAAACGUAAUACAGGUUGCAAAUGCUUCAUGUUCCAGUUUGAAUAGAUCAUCGACUGAUGUUUCAUGUUCCAAUUUGAAUCAUAAUACAGUCAUAUGCGUCUAUAACUGCAAUGUACUUGGCUAUUCUUGUUUGGUCACCAUUACUUGGAGCAAGAACUUGAUGGGUCAGUUCUAUAUCCUUCAAAUUUCUGAUUUUUCCGGUAAAUCUCUUUCCAAAUCAAUUAUAAAGCUUUCCCUAUUCUCAAAACGAAAAGGGUUUAAAACUUUAGAGAUGAAUUCUAUCAAACUUGGUUUGUUUUGGGAUUUAUCAUCAGCCAAUUUCGGAUCAGGGCCUGAACCAAUUGAAGGGUUUUACUUAGCUUUAGUAUGUUACGGUGAAAUGGUUUUGAUAAUUGGUGAUAUGAAAAAAGAAGCAUUUGAGAAGACGGGUUCGAUCCUUUCCAUUGUAAAUGCGACGUUUGUUUCGAAAAGGGAGCAUAUAUUUGGGAAGAGAGCGUUUGGGACUAAGGUUAGGUUUCACGAUGAUGGUCCGAUUCAUGAACUUAUGAUCGAUUGCGAUACGGUUGAUAAUUCAAGGCUAGUGAUCUCACUUGAUUCUAACAUUGCUUUGAUUGUGAAGCGUUUACAGUGGAAGUUUCGGGGGAAUCAAACGAUUUCGAUUGAUGGUGCGGCGGUGGAGGUUUUCUGGGAUUUAUAUAAUUGGUUAUUUGGAACUGCGUUUGGGGAGGCGGUGUUUGUGUUUCAAACGUCGGCGCCGGAGGAGGAGAAGUUGCGGUGUUGCUCGGAGCAGAGCUUUCAGAAGUCUAAUAUUACAGGACUCGGUUUCUCGCUCGUCUUUUGUGCUUCGAAGUAA